UCCCACAAUAUCAUAAACCUGACUCGCUUAGAUCAUGCCCUUCAGGACUUAAGUCCAAACAGGGCAUCUAUGCACAGUUGACAGAUACCUUGUUUGUAUGGGGAACCUGGCAUGAAUGUGGUUUUGAUAUAGGACACACAAUAACCAACACAGAAUAUAACCCCAUUGUGCAUGACUGGUCUCGUUAUUGGAAGGAGUCUGAGGAGACUGUCAUUAAUUAUUUCAGUGCUUCCUAUCCGGGGGGGCUUCAGGCCCCCAGCUACUCUCUCACUGGGACUCCUCUUGUCCAAAGCCAGCUUUGGAAAUUGAUUGCUGCCGCACGUCCCUUACGUGUUAUGAAACGCUAUCAGGGAUGUCUUAUCAACAGCCGAGAAAUUGCUGUUGAGGCCUGUGUGCACUCCCCUUUUUCUCUACUUGUUGAUCUCUUCCCUUUCAAUCUUACGAUACGUCCUUUUGAAGGAGGAUAUAAACUUUCUUGCUCUACCUGUUUUCUCACUAACUGCCUUAAUAGUUCUCUAUCCAUGCCUUUACGUGUUUUUGUACUACAUAAACCUCCUUUUGUGAUAAUUCCAGUUUCUCUUCCAGACCCAUGGGAGGCCUCCACGCCUAUAGGCCUCCUUUCCGUGCUACGAGAUACACUGACCCGAUCCAAACGCUUCGUGGGACUUGUUAUAGCUGGCAUCGCUGCUGUUAUCACUCUCUUGGCUUCUGCAUCCCUCAGCGUUGUGAGUCUAAUGGAAACCCAGCGCUCUGGUUCCUAUGUAAAUGAGUUUGCCAUAAACAUGACUUCUACUUUACUGCUACAAGAACAAGUGAACCACCAGUUGAUCACCCGAUUGGACUCUUUGGAAGAGGCUGUCAUGUAUUUAGGAGAUCAAGUGUUACGCCUGAAACAUCAGUUGUCCCUGUCAUGUCACCCCGGGUAUCCUGCGAUUUGUGUUACUCCUGCCGCUUAUAAUGAAUCUGAAAUAUCGUGGAAAUCUAUACAAUUGCACCUUAUGGGACUUUGGAAUGAUUCUCAGUUAACUUUUGAUGUUUCUGCUUUACAUAAAAAGAUUAUAUCUAUUGCCCAGGCCCGUGCCUCCUUUAGUAAUACAUCAUGGCAAGUGAAUGAUAUUAAUACUAUAUUGCGAGAUUGGGUUUCUGCUUCCCCUUG